ACGAACUCUACCACUACUUUCUCACACAGUAGAAAAAGAGGGGCCCAAAACCCCAAGCAAAAUCCAAAACCAAGGCACCAGUUUCUUCAGAAUCUUCGUCCCAAUCGACUUGACGACUCCGAUAGUUGAAGGAGAGGAAGAUGAGCGUGAUGAAUCAAGGAAGGAGAGCAAAUAAGUUGGUAGGAAACAAAAACAGUAUUUUAUACAUGGACCUCAAAGACAUCGUUAGGAACCAUGCCCUCCAGUUUCUACCUGCUAAAUCACUUUUCAGGUUCACUGGAGUUUGUAGGGACUGGAAGCUCGAUAUCACAACUCCUUUCUUUGCCCACAAGCAGUCAAAUAGCUUUCGUGAUAUCUCGGGCUUCUUUUUUCAAUCCGGAACAGCCCCACCUUCAUUCAUAUCUCUUGACCCCAAGGCGUAUGGUGUUCCAGACCCAUCUUUGAGCUUCCUGCCUGAGCCGGUUGAGAUAAGGAGUUCUUCCAAUGGAUUACUUUGCUGCCAGGCUCAUGAUGGCUGUAAGGCUUACUACAUUUGCAAUCCUGUUACUAGGAAGUGGAAAAAACUUCCCAAGCCAAAUGCUGAUCACGGAUCUAACCCUGCUAUUGUUCUCAUCUUUGAACCAUCUUUGCUCAAUUUUGUGGCCGAGUACAAGCUCAUAUGUGUUUUUCCAUCUGUUGAUUUUGACAAUGGGUAUGAGUUUGAGAUUUAUUCCUCCAGGGAUGAGACUUGGAGAGUUUCUGGUGAGAUUUACUUUGGCCAUCAACAUCUCGUGCCAAGAACUGGUGUUCAUGUGAACGACAUAGUUUAUUGGGUAUUGGAUUAUCAGAUUCUUGUUUUUGACCUGACGAUGGAGCGAGCACAACAACUUUCUGGCAAUUUUUAUGGAACUGGAGGAGUUGGGGCCCUGGGUCUGAUGGAUGGAAAGCUUUGUCUGACAACGCCUAGUCCUACAGGACUAACGGUGAAAGUGUUGGCUAACGCCUACACGAAUACUAUGGGGAUGCACAGCAAUGCCAGGGCAUGGGAAACGAAACAUCAGAUCAGUCUUUCACCUCCACCGUUCAGGGCAUCGGAUUAUAACCCUCGAAUGACUAGUAAUAUACUGUUUGCCGGUGGAAAAGUGGUUUUGUACCGGAGUGGCGGAAAUUUGCAUACUUAUGACCUGAAGACUAAAGAAACUCAAUGUUUGGGUGAUGAGCUUGAUCAGAAUGCGAGGAUUGUUUCUCAUGUGAAUAGUCUUGUGGAGAUCUAGCUGGCCUCGCUUGUGGCUUACUCUGCCAUUGUGGAACCAUGAAGAAAAAGAAGGCAUUGGAAGCAAAGUUGAAUAGAUAUAUUCAUGUGGUUGCCUUGUACUGUUUUUAUGUUUAAAUAACACUCUUAUCUUUGGUGUAUCUAUCAUAUUAAAGGCUCUUUUAAUAACUAUUUCGUUUAGUUUUCAAUUUUUGUGAGGUCAAAAUAUUGUUGUAGAAUAAUACUUGCUACUCAAAAGAUAAGUAGGAGCUCUUACUUAGAACCA